AUGAAAUAUUCCAUGAGAAAAAUUGAAUCAGACCAAAUGGAUCGCAUUGCUCUUUACACACUUUUAUUAACUUUUUCAUUGAGUUUGAUAGUUUUUCCGUUAUAUCGAAACUUUUUAAUUCCUGCUGAUCUCUACACACAUUUUCCUGCAAUUAUUCAUCCUUAUCGAGAAUAUUAUUCCUUAACAAGAAACGUAAACAAAUUGACACAAGGAAUCGAAGAUUCAGAAGCUACAUACGAUUUACCAACAUCUGGCCAACUUUUCUGCUUUGUUGAGACUUCCAAAAAGUAUUUCAAUGAUCGAGUGCCUUCUAUGGCGUCUACGUGGUUACCUAGAUGUGACAAUGGACGGUUCUUUCUAAAAACACCCCUGGUUGAUGAAAAAAUUCCGUUUUCCACAGUUUAUCGAAACUUAGAAGAUUCCUACUACGAUCUCUUCAGAAAAACUCUUCUCAGUUUUUAUUACUCGUAUACCUACAUUUCGAAAGAUUUUGAUUGGUAUUUGAAAGCAGAUGAUGAUAAUUAUUUUAUGAUCGAUCAUCUUAAAGAGUAUCUAGAUACACUCGAUGCUUCGAAACCACUGUUUCUGGGAUACAGAAUGAAACCUUUUCUGGAAGGGGGAUAUAAUUCAGGUGGUGCGGGAUACCUGUUAUCAAAUGCUGCAGUUCGGAUCUUUGUGGAACAUCUUUAUCAUGAUGAGAAACGAUGUCCUUAUGAUUGGGCCGAAGAUCGAGGAAUAGCGAGAUGCUUGGCUUCAAUGGGAAUUUUGCCUUCUGAUACAAGGGACAAUGAUGGUAGCUGUAGAUUUCUACCGUUCCGUCCAAGUGAGAUGCCCGGAAUUCCUGAAGCCUACCAUUAUUAUCCGUUAAAGAAUGGCUCUUUUGUAUCCGAAAAGUUCAUCUCACUUCAUCGAAUUUCGCCUCGGAAAAUGAUAUUUCUAGACAGCAUUCUCUACCCAAGCUCAGAGAGGCGCUUAUUCACUCCAGAAUUCUUCGAUAUUUUCUGA